UUCCCGCCAUCAGCCGCCCUCCCUGCCUGGGGGGGAGCCAGCGGCUCUGCCUCUCCGGGUCCAGCGGCCCUCCCUGCGCUGACCCCCCAGCUCCUCCCCCUCGGCGCGGACUCGGGGCUUCCGGCAGGCCUGUCGGGGGCUCGGGACCCGCGGACGCAGAACUUGUCCAGUGAAGCUCUAUUUUUACCUCUUAAUUUGUCCAGAAGUGAUUUAUUUUUAAAGAAAGUAUGUCUCCUCUGAAGAUACAUGGUCCUAUCAGAAUUCGAAGCAUGCAGACUGGGAUAACAAAAUGGAAAGAAGGGUCCUUUGAAAUUGUGGAAAAAGAAAAUAAAAUCAGCUUAGUCGUUCACUACAAUACUGGAGGAAUUCCAAGGAUAUUUCAGCUAAGUCAUAACAUUAAAAAUGUGGUGCUCCGACCCAGUGGAGCCAAGCAGAGCCGCCUGAUGCUGACGCUGCAGGAUAACAGCUUUCUGUCCAUUGACAAAGUGCCGAGCAAGGAUGCUGAGGAGAUGAGAUUGUUUCUAGACGCUGUCCAUCAGAACAGACUCCAUGGAGCAAUGAAAUCUCAGGGAUCUGGUAGUUUUGGAGCGAUUCUGGGUAGCAGGACUUCACAGAAAGAAACCAACAGGCAGCUUUCCUACUCAGAUAAUCAGGCCUCUUCAAAAAGAGGAAGCUUGGAAGCUAAAGAUGAAUCUCCGUUUCGGAAAGUGCUUGGUAGCCCAGGUAGAGGGCCUAUCAAGACCACAGCGGGGAACGGCAUGACUGUCCCCAGGACGGUCCCCUCUUUGCCUUCUUUGACAUCUACGUCAACGCCUCUUAGGUCGGGAAUUUUGGAAAACAGGACUGAAAAGAGGAAACGAGUGCUCUCUUCUGGCUCAGAGUUGAACGAAGACUACCCUAAGGAAAAUGAUUCAUCAUCGAACAAUAAGGCUAUGACAGAUUCCUCAAGAAAAUAUCUAACCAGCAGCAGAGAGAAGCAGUUGAGUUUGAAACAGUCAGAAGAGAAUAGGACAUCAGGGCUUUUACCUUUGCAGUCGUCAUCCUUCUAUGGCGGCAGGGUCGGGUCCAAGGACUACUCCUCCGGCAGCUCUGCCCUUGACAGGACUAAUGUUUCCAGUCAAACUCCCUCGGCCAAAAGAAGUUUGGGAUUUCUUCCCCAGCCGUCUCCGCUCUCUGUGAAGAAACUGAGGUGUAACCAGGAUUACACUGGCUGGAACAAGCCCAGAGUACCCCUUUCUUCUCACCAACAGCAACAGCUACAGGGCUUCUCCAAUUUGGGAAAUACCUGCUAUAUGAAUGCCAUUUUACAGUCUCUGUUUUCACUGCAAUCAUUUGCAAAUGACUUGCUAAAGCAAGGUAUUCCAUGGAAGAAGAUUCCACUCAAUGCACUUAUCAGACGCUUUGCACACUUGCUUGUUAAGAAGGAUAUCUGUAAUUCAGAGACCAAAAAAGAUUUACUCAAGAAGGUUAAAAAUGCCAUUUCAGCUACAGCAGAGAGAUUCUCUGGUUAUAUGCAGAAUGAUGCUCAUGAAUUUUUAAGUCAGUGCUUAGAUCAGCUGAAAGAGGAUAUGGAAAAAUUAAAUAAAACUUGGAAGACUGAAUCUAUUCCUGGUGAAGAAAAUUCCCCAGAUGUUUCAGCCACUAGAGUGUACACGUGCCCUGUUAUUACCAAUUUGGAAUUUGAGGUUCAGCAUUCCAUUAUCUGCAAAGCUUGUGGAGAAAUUAUUCCUAAAAGAGAACAGUUUAAUGACCUCUCCAUAGAUCUUCCUCGAAAGAAAAAGCCACUUCCUCCUCGUUCAAUUCAAGAUUCCCUUGAUCUUUUCUUUAGGGCAGAAGAGCUUGAGUAUUCCUGUGAGAAGUGUGGUGGGAAGUGUGCUCUCGUCAGGCACAAAUUCAACAGGCUACCCAGGAUCCUUAUUCUUCAUUUGAAGCGAUACAGUUUCAACGUCGCCCUCUCACUUAACAACAAGGUCGGGCAACAAGUCAUCAUUCCCAGAUACCUGACCCUGUCGUCCCAUUGCACUGAAAACACAAAACCGCCCUGCACCCUCGGUGGGAGCACACACACGACAGUUUCUAGACCAUUGAAAGCCUCUCAAAUGGUGAAUUCCUGCGUCACCAGCCCUUCUACACCUUCAAAGAAUUUUACCUUUAAAUCCAAGAACUCCUUGGCUUUAUGCCUUGAUUCAGACGGUGAAGAUGAGCUUAAACGUUCUGUGGCCCUGAGCCAGCGACUUUGUGAAAUAACAGGUAGUGAGCAACUGCAGGAAGACCUGGAGAAAGAUUCCAAAUCCUGCAGAAUAGAGCCUGGUAAGGCCGAGCUGGAGACCCCGGGUUUGGAAGGGAUGAGUGAGGAAGAGCUUUUAGCAGCUGUGUUAGAGAUCAGUAAGCGAGAAACAUCACCAUCUCUGAGCCAUGACGAUGACGAGAAACCAACCAGCAGCCCGGACACUGGAUUCGCAGAAGAUGAUAUUCCAGAAAUGCCCGAAAAUCCAGACCCUGUGGAGCCUGAGAAACCCAGGAUGGCCACAGAGUUGGAUCCCGCCGGUUUCACUGAGAUCACCAAAGACUGUGAUGAGAAUAAAGAGAACAAGACUCCGGAAGGCUCUCAGGGCGAGGUUGAUUGGCUUCAGCAGUACGACAUGGAGCGUGAGCGAGAAGAGCAAGAGCUGCAGCAGGCGCUGGCCCAGAGCCUCCAGGAGCAGGAAGCGUGGGAACAGAAAGAAGACGAUGACCUCAAAAGAGCGACAGAGUUAAGUCUUCAAGAGUUCAACAGCUCCCUGCUGGACUCCCUGGGCUCUGACGAGGACUCCGGGAACGAGGAUGUCUUAGAGAUGGAGUACACGGAAGCCGAGGCAGAGGAGCUCAAGAGAAACGCUGAGACAGGAAAUCUGCCUCAUUCUUACCGGCUCAUCAGCGUCGUCAGUCACAUCGGGAGCACGUCUUCUUCAGGCCAUUACAUUAGUGACGUGUAUGACAUUAAGAAGCAGGCGUGGUUCACUUACAAUGACCUGGAGGUGUCCAAAAUCCAAGAGUCUUCUGUGCAGACCGACCGGGAUCGAAGCGGUUACAUCUUCUUUUACAUGCACAAGGAGAUCUUCGACGAGCUGCUGGAAACAGAAAAGAACUCUCUGGCAGUGAACGUCGAGGUGGGGAAGAGCGCGCGGCAGGCCUCCUGAGGCCCCGCGGGGAUGCCAGUGCGCCCGCCUCGCCUGCCUGCCUUCCGCCCGAGAUCGUGGGCCUCAGCUUGAGACAGGAGCAACAAUCAGCUCAGGGCCACCCCACACGACGAGGUUGCGGGGAUGCAGCGUGCGCCACACUGCUUGCUCCACGGAAGCUUGGGUCUCGCGUCGGUCACUGAUUACCCUCUUUCUCCUACACAAGUGGCACUUCCUUUUUGUCUUGGGAGUACCUGUUGUAAAUAUAUAUAUAUACAUAUAUAUAUACGUAUUUAUAUAUAUAUGUAUAUUUGUGUGUGUGAGUGUGUGUGUGUGUGUGUGUGCGUGUGUGUGUGUGUACUCAUAUGUAUGUACUUGCGCACACAUUUAUGCGGAAUGGAUGGAGCCUUAAAAGAGUUAGGGUGAGCCACCAGAGUAUGCCUGCUCAAAAUUAAUAGCACAGUAGUUUGGAGAAGAAACAAAGUUGCCAGAGUCCCCCUCAGCCAAGAAAUGUGUGGAGAUGUUCUCAUGUCCUUGUCUCUGCACAUUUCUUCUUCUCCGUGGGCUUGGGGCUCGCGUGCUCCUCGAGUACUUCCGCUCGAGUCGGUAUCUUGCGUGUGUGUUUCUUUCUGGUACAGUCCACUGGAAAGCCAGCUCUCCGUGUUACACUCAUGACAGUUUGUCCUUCUUGCAAUGGAGUGCAUUCCUGCCGCCUGACCUGAGUUUUGUGUUUUUUUUGUGUUUCUUUUUUUUUUUUAAUGCAAAAUAUUUCAUGGAUUUGUAACGCUUUUGCUAUUUACAAGCAGUCCUCCGAGAAGGGGACUGGCGGUGCUUUGUAACGUGCUAAUGGUUCCGCAUUUGGUGUUCUUUUUACAGUUUGCAUUUUCUUUAGAUUCCUUCACCAGCGCGUUCCUUGUUAUCACCUACAUUAUUAACGGUGGUGGAGACAGAGUGUUUUUCUUGUUCUUCUUCUGUCUCGUUCUCAAUAGAGCAAGCAUUACCCUGAAGGACUGCAGCCAAAAACGUUUCAGAGGUAGGAGAACAAUAGCUUCCCAGCUGGUCUAGCCUGCUGCUACGUGCAGGGAUGGCAGAGAAGGCGACCGUCUCUGCUUCCCAGCAGGAGGGUCACGUGAAAGCUAAACCCCGAAUCACGAAAGCUAAAUGCUUUGCCACACUUCUGAGAUUAAGUGCCCGAGCUACAGGAGAAUCACUCGGUCCUGCCACCCACCGUUGGUGGGCUUGGGCCAUCACGCAGGGUGGCACUUACAGAUGUGCUUUAUUUAAAAGUAACCGUAAAAGGUGCGAAAUAUAUUUCUCUCACAGAGGUGCUCUGAGUGGAGGCUCGGUUGGGGGCUGUGACACUAAGUGCUCGGUGGCCACCAGCUGACCCGGCCAUCCUGGGGAAACAGUUGGUGAAACCAGAUGAAUGAGUGUGAGGGGAGUCGGGCCACAGGAUAAAAUUUCUGAGCCCUUGAAUCAUUAGGUGCACAGAGUUGAGUUUAACAAAAAUAAAACAGCAGUAUUUUCAUUUGUGUGAUUUCUUUUUGAAUAAACAAGAGGAUUCUUCAGUUCUAAGGUAGGGCAGAACUAGGUCAGACUUUGAAGAGGAGACGACUGUUUAAAGUAUGGAAUCACAGACGGACCACCUUUUCCUGGAAGAUUGCCUUAAGGAAGCUCCAGGCCCACCCCCCAGAUCCCAGAUAUGUUUUGAUACAGUAACCCUCCUCUAUAAUUUUGAAUCUUUGAACUAUAAAUGGCCCCAUCGCUUGGCUUACUACUGGUACAAACUUGGCCUUCUACCAUCUACCAACGUUUUAUUAUUGUGGAUGUUUCUACAGUGAAUCAGUGGUAGAAUACACAAAGAGUAGUAAGUAUAAAACAGAGGGAAGAUGAUUUGUUUUUAAAACUAGCUUUUUAAGAUUUUAUUCUGCAAAGGCGCCUUUUUUUUUUUUCUUGCUUGAAAAUAACUGGUUUUCUAAGAGUAAAGUGUUGAUCAAAUUCUUUAGCUAUUUAUUAUUUCUGUGUCUCUCUUUCGAAGGCACUGUUAAAAAUGAGUGGGAAUGAUUUGCAGUGAGGGCAGCUUUAGGGUACAUAGAGAAAUAGGUAUAAGUCUAGGUGACCCGGAAAGUGUCCUCAUGUGUCUGGCUUUUGGUAGCAUGCGUGCAUAUGGUUUUAAAGCACCUUUUGCUCAGAAAAUCUAAUUUAAUUUGAUGGUCAUGUCUUAAGCAGAACUGUUGGGAGUUGGCUAGAGGGUACAUGAGUUACCUCACCGCUCAGAGAUAUGCAAGGGAGGGUCUUGGUUGCACUCGCUGUCUCUCCGCCCUGGUCUGGUUUGCCUUCCCGUCGCCCGUUGCUCCCCUCAUCCCUUUCACUGCUAAAUUACGUUCUUGUUUUGGUUCCGUAAGGCGUUCGAGAAAACAGAGAUACCUGCUAGACCGUGUGGAUGGGGUUUUAUGGUUUCAUGUUUCUGUCACCUGCAUAUUUAAAGCGUCCACCGAGGACAUUUCUUCUGUGCAGUCUGAUCGGUUUGCCAAGUAUCAGGGCAUGAGACGUAUGGUGUGAUGAGGCCGGAAGGGACAAGUUAGAUGGGAUGAGCGUGUUCAUUUCCACGUGACUAACCCGCACAGUGACUAACCUGCCUCUGGCGUGUGCCAGGCGUGGCUGUGUCCAGUUGGCCCCUGAAAGCCUUCCAUUCUGCUCACCCUGACUCUAGCUGGGGCUAGGAAGUUGCACAUGACCAGACCCCGUACACACUCUCAGAGUCGGGACUAAGCCGAAGAGGAAGGCAGUUUCGUGGGUCCUGUUUGUCUACAGGGAUGCACCCUCGGGCUCUGCGCAGGCAGAAGGAAAGGCGCAUCCGUGAAUCGUUUUCCUGUCUGGAUGUCCCGACGCCAGAAGCUUGCUUGCCGGGGCGUGUGCUUUGCAGGCCUGACUUUCUGCUCCAUCAGAGUUAGAAAUACGUUUACAUGUAAGAUGCAUGCAGUGAACACGCAUGUGUGACAGGUGAGCUCACCGACUCCUCAGGACAGACUAGACCGCACGUUGCUUUGGUUUCUCUCUUUGAUCAAGCGUUAGAGUCUUCUGACAGAAGCUUCGAGAACUAAAACCUCAACAGAUUCAGUAAUUCAGUUAAUUCCGUACUGCAGUCACCAUGAUGUGAGUAGACAGAACUCCAGCUCUGCCCCGGGACCGCUACAGGUGUCCGCCCUAGAUGAGCAGGGCCUGGCGAGCCCAGAGGAGCCUCAGCGUUUGUGUCACGAGGCUCCAGAGAGGGAGGUGGGGACUGGAAACCAAAACCAGGAAGCCCGUGGGUGUUCAUUAGUGUUCCGAAAAGAGACAUACACAAACGGUGGCGGUGCCUCCUCCCUCCUCUCUGUCCCCGGAAACGACAGCAGCGGUGUCUUUUUUUUCCCCCAAACUUUCUUGCCCUCCCUGUGUAAUGGCCCGCCCAUUUGGAGUCUUGUUUGAAAGAAGCGCCACUGUCUCCAGGUGUUGCUGCGCCUCAAUCGAGGGUUCCCCCUCCCCAACCCCCCGGCAGCCAGUCCAGUAUCAGAUGCGGCCACCGCACGCAGUAAUCCCCUCCGCCCGCCCCUCUGUCUUCACACUGAUGCUCUCAAACGUGUGCAGACGGAAAGAUUCCUACCCUCUCUACAAUACAUGGCUUCCACGUGCUAAUUUCUUUCUUUAUUGGUGUCUCAUUAACAUCUGGAAAUAAAUAUUUUAUCGGAAAACUAGCUUGUUAGGCCUCAAGAAUUUCGCGACGGUUCUUCCUUGCCGCGCCCCUGGCCGCCACAAUCAUUGGCCUCCCCGGGCAGCAUGCUUCGGUGUCCGCCCUCGGGGCAGUCUCCUUCAUCGGACCCUAUCUUUAGACACAGCCAGUGACCCUUCCCUGCCCGCGUGUGCCGCGUGUCUGAGGUCUCCACGGGACCCAGGUGCCCGUGCGACCAUACUCGGGUCCCCUGGGCAUGAGGAGAGAGUGUGCGGAUCUGGAUCAGGACCCAGGUUUGGUCAAAGGCCAGAAUCGGCCUCCCGCGCAACCGGGCCGUGUUGAGAACUGGGUGCGAGUGAGCCUGCACGCACGUUUGCAGCUUGCCCUCUCCCCCCCUCCUCCCUGCACUUUCCUCCCACGCCAGCCCGUUUCUCUGGCCUCCUUGACAGAUGUUCACAGCAGGGGCCAAGGAAGGAAGCCUUGCGCGCCAAGGUGUGCCCAGGCCGGCCAGCAGCUCUGGCCGCAUCGUUUGUGAGGUGAUUUUCCCUUGUGACCCGAGUGACUCUGGAUUCUGGAUUCCUGACGUUGUGUUGUAUGGAGCAGCACUUUAUCUGUGUUUUAGCAGAACAGUUUCUCUGUAUCCUCGACGGUUCCCCCUGGGUUUUGUUUUCCUUUUAAAUUAUGCAUAGAGUUGUUUUGGUUCUUUUUUUUUUUCCCCUCCGUGGGUGUGAAAUUAAAGCCUUUAUUAACCUUG